UCGAGGCACCUCUGGAACGUGAAUCUAUAAAUCCAUUAAUGCCAUUUACCGCAUAAACAUAAAGUAAACGCGGCCCAGGAUGAUCAUCUGGACCAUGAUGAUGAUGAUGGUGAUGCCGCAGACUUUUCGGGGCAUCAACACCAACGGCAAAAUUUCGGAUCCAAGAUCCCAAAUCCUCAUGCCAACCUCCUUGAACUCUUCCUCGUGGCAAACCCCCCGAUCCUCCCCCGUCCAACGACUGGCAGUCACGAUUGUGCGGGGCAGGCCAACACUAAAUUCAAAACCCAUAAAGACAUCAAAGCAGGCAACGCGUGUAACAAUUUGCCAGCCAGCCAACAACAACCGAUGCAACAGCAACAACAAAUGCAACAAAACGCAAAUUAACAACGGACCAACAACAUACACUCACGGACAGGCUAAAAGGAGUCCGGAGAGGAUUGGGGGACCUGAAAACCAAAAACUGGGAACUUGGAACGUGGAACUGGGGACUUACAAAACGACGACGACAACGAUCGGUCGAGAAAAACACAGCAAAAAUACAAAAACAACAACAACAAGAGGGCGACCUGGCCAAGGUAUCCGCACCCGCACAAACCCAAAAACAACAACGACAACAGCAACAUGAACAACAACGACAACAACAACAUAAGCAACAGCGAUAACAACAGAAACAACAACCUCGGGCUGCCCAAGAAGAUGCUGGCAAAACGAAACUGGCAAUACCCUAAAUAGAAUAGAAAAGGUUGAAAGGCUACUUGAACACUCAUACAUUAUGCACACAUUUAUUUUUACCACUCAAAACAAUCAUAAAUGGGGAAUUUUAAAAGGCUGGAGUACUGAUAACAGUCAAGAAAUACUAUUUUAAACACUACAUUUACUAAAGAAUUUUCAAGAGCACUCAAACACACGAAACUGACUAA